AUGGAUGAGAGGCUAUCUGAUGACUAUGGAAGCGAUGAACACAAGAAGGAAAACGGCAAGAAGAGUAGGAGAAUAGAUUGCGAAUGCGGAGCAACUCCCCAAGGCAAUCAAGUCCCUCCUCAAGUGCAAGCUGCUGUGAAUGAUCAAGUUCCGAUCGAUCCUCCAUCCAUGACGGAUGGUGAGGUGAGGACGUCCCUGUUCCAAUUGGGCCAAGCCAUCACCACUCAAGUUCAAGCUAUUACGACACAAGGUAAUAGAGAAGUACCUCGAGAGAACCAACACGCUAGUACUAUGGCUAAUCGUUUGAGAGAUUUUACGAGGAUGAAUCCUCCCAUGGUCUUUGGAUCAAAAGUGUAUGAAGACCCCCAAGAUGCCCUUUAUGAGGUCUAUAAGAUCUUGUUUCCUAUGGCGGGGAGCAAGGGGAAGCUAAGGUGCAGGAGUUCAUUAACCUUUGUCAAGGAGGUAAAGGAUAGUCGUCUAAGGAAGAGGAAUAGAGAAUCUAGGAAGGCAAGGUCUUUUGAAAGUAGUUCUUCUAAGAGUAGGCUUGACGUUCAAGAUAAGCCUAAGUUUAAGAAGAGGUUCUCAAACCAAGUCCCUUCAAAUUUCUCCCAGAAUCACAAUGAUAAAGGUUAUAAUCCUAAACCUCAAAAGGGGAGAAAUGUUGAUCCACCAAGAGAAAGACCAACUUAUGGUAAGUGUGGUAAGAAACAUGUGGGUGAAUGCCUUGUCGGUUCUACUAGUUGCUAUGGUUCAGGCAAAGGUGGUCAUAUAGUGAAAGACUGUCCUAAUGUGAGAAGCCAUGGUAAGGGGAAUGGCCAUCUCAGUAGCUCCAAAAAGGAACCGUUUUUAUGCACUCAAGGCUAA